AUGAGCGAAGCGUCGAAGCCGAAGGUCUUCUUCGUUCUCGGCGGCCCCGGCUCCGGCAAGGGCACAGCCUGUGCUUCGCUUGUGCAGGAGUUUGGCCUCACCCACUUUAGCGCCGGCGACCUCCUCCGUGAGGCAAGCAAUAACGGCACGAGCGGCGUGGGGAAAAAAAUCGCCGAGAUACUCAAGGCUGGGAAUAUUGUGCCUUCCGAGAUCACAGUGGAACUCCUCUCGAACGCCAUUGCGGACCACCCCAACCCACGCGGGUACGUCAUUGACGGCUUCCCUCGCAAGAUGGACCAGGCGCUCAUGUUUGAAGAGGGUAUUGCUCCCGCGAAAGGCAUAUUCUACUUUGAUUGCUCCGAGGAGACGAUGGUGCAGCGGGUGCAGCACCGCGCCAAAGGGGGCUCUGGGCGGGAGGAUGAUGACAUGGAAGUUCUUCGGCGCCGCUUUCACACCAACGUGGAGCACUGCAUGCCGGUAGUGGAGCGCUACAAGAGCGAGGGCCGUCUCCACGCAAUCGACGCCAACCGCAGUCGAGAGGAGGUAUACAGCGACGUGAGGAAGAUUAUGCUUGAGCUCGGUGAGGAGACUCUGCAAAAGUGA